UGUAACCGUAAAAAUUUCCAUUGAUAUUAUAAAGAAAGAAACAAAUUUAUAUACGUUUUGAAUAAAUUCGUGAUAUAAUUGUUACAAUGUUAUAACAAUAAAUUAUUCGAAGAAGAAAUCCAUGUUUUUAGAAAGACAUCUAUUACAAUUCGAAUGACGAACUGACCUGCAUGAGACUGAACGAUGACCCAGCAAAUUUUUCUUCAAGACGUGAAAGCCAAAACUUUGGUGGUUACUUGACGUUGGAAUUUGAGAAAUUCUGUUGGAAAAAAUGUCCAUGGAAGGAAAACGAUCUAUAAAAAUGGAUCCAUUGUCACCUGGCCCUUGUCUGGAUAUUAGUGAUGAUGAACUAGUAAGUAUAUCAGUUAGAGAUUUGAACAGGCAGUUGAAACUACGUGGAUUAUCAAGAGAAGAAAUAGUACGUAUGAAACAGCGUAGACGUACAUUAAAAAACAGAGGAUAUGCAGCCAGUUGUCGUAUUAAGAGAAUUGAACAAAAGGAUGAAUUAGAAUCAGAAAAAACACAAGAAUAUCGUGACAUGGAAGCUAUGCAAGAGGACAAUAACCGUAUGAGAGAAGAAAUAGAGUCUUGGCACUCUAAAUAUCAAGCACUAAAAAAGUUUGCACUAGGAAAAAAGAUUCACAUUCCACCUGAGCUAGAAACAAUAUAA